AUGAGCGUCGAUGCACUCAAAGCAGCGUACGCUGCGGGUGAUGUCACAGCGGUGCUCGAGUGGCUCAACUUUGAUCAAGCGGACCCCCUCGCGGGCAUCGUCAGGGUCCUGCGCGCGCACUGCGGCCGCGACAGCUGGCAUCAACUCCUAAGAGAACAUCUUGAAGACAUACUAGCAUGGUCGCCGGAUGAAACCGAGGAGUUCCUACGAGGUAUCGACUUCGUGGCAAACUCUGGUGAACUGACAGCGGACCUCUUCGUUAAUGUGACGAACGCAGUCGAAGCCAGGUUGGGGGCCCGACGGGCAAAAGAAGCCUGCGAAUUUAAUACCCGGCACCGCGCGGAGCGCAACUAUUGUGUGAAGCGCAUGCCCGAGCGCCCGGCGCUGCCGCGCGUGUUUUGCUGGGGGCCCCUGGAGGACGUGGACGCGGAGCUCGCGGCGAUCGACCAGGCCCUGUGGCGCGGACACAAUUUGAUUAAGCAGGCGCGUCGCGACGCGGCCGACGCUGUCGACGCCGGCUUCGUGCGCUUCCUCGUGGCCGCAUGUCGGACCCAGUUGGCGGUGACCUCGGCUUUGUGGGCCAGGGCCGAACGAGACAGCUACUGCGACGCCGACGGCUUCGCGCGACGCCUUGUGCUGGAGCCGCCGUCGCGCGACGCCGACGGCGUUCCGCUCCUGUCGCGGAGCGAGAUCGACCGCGUCCUGCCGGCGAUCUUCGGCGUCGACAUCGUGUGGGCCGCGCUCCCGAUCGACGGCCCGCGCCGCGAGCGGCAGGCGCGCGCGAUCCUCGUGGCGGAGGCCCUCUACGAGGCGCGGCGCAAGCAGCUCGUCGCGCAUGCCGCUGCCUUCGGUCGCGAAGUUGUGUGA